UAUAGCAGCGCCCGGCGCUUUGAACGCCUUGCUGCAGAAUUGUACGCGGGCAGCAACCGAGACGCACUGAGUUACAAUCACGGUGCGAGUGUGUGCUCAUCGUUGGUAAUCUCGACCAGAGGCAAGCGCAGGAUGAAGAACCGGGCUCCUCCGCCCCCUCCGGGCGUUGCUCCCCUUCGGUCGCCUCGGUCCGCCGAGGCGGACAGGGCCGGAGCGAUUCCAUCGGACAAGGCGGUGGCGGCGGUGGCGGCGGCGGCGCUGUCUUCGGACAAGAGCGAUUCCCCGCCGGCCAUCAAGGCGGCAAGCGGGAAGCCGCCCGCCGAGAAGGGCGCGACGCUGCCCGCCACGAAAGCGGGAUCUCCGCCGCUGGAACGGGGCGGAACUCUGUCGCUUGCCAAGGGAGGAACGCUGCCUUCGCGGGGGAAGGCGGCCGCCCCCAAGCCUCCGCUGGUGGCGAGGGGCCAGAAUGUAUCGUGCUGCGAGGUGGAGUUCUCCGUCAUCCUGCCGUCGGGACAGCUGCACAGCGCCACGUCUGAGAAGCGCAUCCCCAUCAUGGACGUGCUGGUGCGCCUGUGCGCGUGGUACCGUCUGAGCCCGGCGCGCCACGCGCUGGAGCUGUACUCGCGCGUGGACGGCCGCCCGCUGCCCUUCAAGCCCAACACGGCCAUCGGCAGCCUCCCCGUGGGGGCGGUGCGGCUCGUCGAGCGCGAGCCGCUGGACGCGCGCAGGGCCCACCGCUCCAACGCGCCCGAGCCGACGGUGCGGCUGGUGGUGAACCUCUCGCGCACGCAGAAGGAGUUCCUGCGCGUGAGCCGGCGCGUGCCGCUGCGCGUGCUGCUGCCGGCUAUCGCGGCCAAGAGCGGCCUGGAGCCGCGCUCGCUGCUGCUGUUCCGCGACGCGACGCAGGCCGAGCGCGUCGACCUCGCGUGCUCGCUCGCCGAGCUCGGCAUCCGCGAGCUCUACGUCGUCGACACCAGCAAGGCGACCGCGCGAUGCCAUCCCAUCGUGCAUGGCUCCCACACCUACCCAGGGGCCCGCAGACAACCACCGCCCCCUCCUGGAGUCACAGAGCAUGCUGGGAAGGAAAACGCGGGCAUCUUCAGCUGCCUUCGGCCCCGAAAGAAAAAAAUGGUUCACCACUCGGUGCCGGCGUCUCCAGCCCCGGUCCUCGCCGCCGCCGCGGCCCCCAGGAGACGAUCGCUCGAGUCGGACGCCCCCAAGAAGCGGCGCGCGCCGGCGCCGCCCCUGGUCGCCGCCACUCUGCCUCGCGCCGCCUCCUCCGCUCGGCCCCGCGCGGCGCCGGCUCGGCCCGAGCGGCCGCGCAGCCGCUCGCUCCCGGGGGCCGAUUCCGUGGCGCCCGAGGCGAGCGGCGACGGCGGCGCCGACGGCGGCGGCGCCAAGAAGAAAAAGAGGGCGGCCCCGCAGCCCCAGGGGCAGCCAAAGGAGCGGCCGCAGGUGCUGCCUCAGGUUCAGGAGCAGCCUCAGGUGCAGGUGCAGCCACAGGAGCAGCCUCAGGAGCAGCCUCAGGUGCAGCCUCAGGUUCAGGUGCAGGUGCAGCCACAGGAGCAGCCUCAGGUGCAGCCAAAAGUUCACGAGCAGCCUCAGGUGCAGGUGCUGCCAACGGUGCAGCCUAAGGGGCAGCCAAAGCCACAGGGCCAGCCUCAAUCACAGGAUCAAUGUCACGGGCAGCCGAAGGGGCGUGCUCACCCUCGGACGCAGCUGGUGAUCGUCAGCGGCUUGGAGGUGACGGUCAUCAAGGACUCGCACCCGGAGAAGCGCGGCCGCUGCGACGGCGAGGCGUGCGGCGAGGCGGACGAGCGACGGCGGUGCAAGGAGGGCGACCGCGGCGAUAACGAGCAAGCGCAGAAGACGGAGUGCGGCCACGGGGAGCGCGCGGCGGGCGGCGGAGAUGAUGACGCCGGUCCGCAGGCGGACGGUGGUGCCGGGGCCGGAGGGGAUGCGGCGCCAGUGAGGGUGGUACCGGUGAGGGUCGUGCCGAGUUCACCGGAGAAAGGGACCGGCCACACGGUGACCUGGGCGGACGUGAAGGUGGCGGAGGCCGUUGCGGCGUUGCCGUACAUCGACAGCGGCUACGAGCAGGAGGAGCUGAGCGAGGCUUUCCCCAGCAUCUCGGCUCACGGCCCGGCCCUGGAGGACGGCGAGACGGGAGGGGGGCGGCGGGCGGCGGGAGCACCCGCGGGGCCAGCAGCGUCCCCCUCCUCGCCACCCAGCGAGGGGCGGCCCCCACGCCAGGUCUUCGACAUCAAUCAAGCGAGCUGAAAGUUGGCGAUGGCGAGCAUGGCGAGAGUGAUGUUCCUGAAGAGAGAAGCCCCGGUGCCCGUGGACGGUUGCAGCCAUCACUCUCUCCUCACCUUUUCCCCCAUCUUUAUUUCACAUUAAGUCGUGACGUGACAUUUCAUCGCGAUGAUUAGCAGCGGGUACCCGCGUGCGACUGUCCUUUUCAGCCGCUGACAGCUUCAUCGCAUAUAGACGCGUCCGUGCGUUCGGGGCGCACAAGCUCAUUCACGUGUAUAUCUUUUCGUGAAGCUUUUCGUUGUUAUUUUUUUUAUUUAAUGGGCAUACAGCUACAUAACCAAAGAAGCUUAAGCCAUUUACUGAGCACAGUUGUGUAAAUGACACUGUACGGUAUUGUCAGGAAUCGUCCCUGAGGCUCGCACUGCGGGCGUGUAGGUGUAGGGUUGUGGUCUACGGGCCGCCCCCGCGUGUUUUCGGGUUGUCCGACGUUUCGCCCCGGUGAGUCGCAUCCUGCUGGGAGCUUGCCAAUUCGGUAUCGUAAAGAAGCUGCCGGCGCUGGGAAUCUAAACGGCGCAUGUCAAGCCGAGCAGGGCACGGCACGAGCCGGUGCAUGAGCCAGUCCGGCGGGUGACUAUGAGAAUAUGAAAUGGUGUUAGGAUCCUGUGGAAUUCCUUCAGGAUUUCUAUUUUGACAUUUCGUAUAGAACCCAACGUUGCUUUGGGUUUUUUUAAAGGGAUAUCUGAUGUUUUAUUCAUUGAUGAUAAUGACUGCAACUUUACAUUUCUAUAUAGUUAUAUAUAUUAGUUUGCAUGUAAGAUUACAUUUUUAGAGCAAACAUAGGCAUAUCUUAUGCUUCGAGUGGGUGCUGCAGUUAGAAUACAAGCCCCGGCUAACAUCAGUGGCGAGUGAUCUCUGAAACCGGUUCCGGGCCCUCCCCUUUCACCAACCCACAGUGACCAGCGUGGUGAAGUAUGGUCAAACAACCCCCAUGACCGACACGGCAAGUGGAUUGGCACAAGGACUGAAAAGUAUUAUUAUAUCAUGAUUACUCGGCAUAUCUUAUAGAAUUGCAUCUGCUGUCCUUUUUAGCUUUGCUUUGCUUAAUAAAUUGCAGUAUAGACAUUUUCAUUUAGUCGAUGCAGAACCCAAAAAAAAUGUAAGCAUUGCCUGUGAUCGCUGUACAAAAAGCGUACGGAAUUUGUGGAAGUGGUGCCGGUGAAUGCAGUUGACUCGGCAUUUACAACGCCCUACACGGCCGCGCGCGCGCGCGUGUGUGUGUUCCCCUGCUCGCUGGCAGCCUCAACAGAGCCCCUUUGAUUCCCCUCCGUGACAAGGGCAGAGCUGGAAUUUUAUUGUACCCCCCCCCCCGCUCGCCACCCCGUGGAACAAAAGGCGUGGAUUUUACAUUUAAAUGUCAGGCCACUUCCACCGCAGACGAGGCCCCUGUGAGACGUCGCAACGCCUGAGCGUUUUUUUUUAUUUCUAAUGAAAAUCUAACUUUUUUAUUUCUAAUGAAAAUCUAACUUUUUUAUUUCUAAUGAAAAUCUAACUUUUUUACGAUCUCGUUUUCCCUUUAGCAAGGAAUUGGAAAAUAUUUCUCAAUUGUUUUUCAUUUUCAAAACAAAAAGAGAAAGCCAAACUUUUAACCCGACUCAAAAAAUGCAAUAAAGUUAAAUGUGUGCGGGAUGUGAAGAUACAUUAUAUGUAAUACCGCAGGUUUUUGUUGUGCAAGAACCAUGUCACGUUGUCCCGUGACAAAACAUCCACAAUUCUGGAAAAUGUUUAACGUUAAACGGUGCUAAGGGUUUCUAAGAAUUUCCAUUUGUAAACAUUUAGACGCUCCUUUCGGCUUAUGAAAUCAAUGAGGACAAAUUGUAAAAUGUCUGUAAAUGUUUGCACACUCGCAAAGCUGUUUGCGCAAUUGUGUCGCGGGAAGGAAGAAAAAGAGACGACCUCAGUUUACGUAAAAAGUUACCAGGUAGAUGUUUUUUUUCAAGACAGCAACGGGGUGUUUCCAACUGGCCUGGUUGCUGGUGACGUAUCUAAAAUAGACAAACCCCGUUUCUCAGGCGGGGGGGGGGGGGCGGAGGAGCUGUUAUUUUGGCUGCCCUCACCGAAAGGCCAUGUGGGACAAGUGAAGAAAACGAACAAUCCUUGGGAAGGCACAUCCCGUCCCCCGCGCGCUCGCGAAGGGAGCCAUGGCGCAGCGUGCCCGGUCGGGCCACGUUGUGCCGACGCCGUGGCCAGAAUUGCCACCCAACUCACCUGGCAGCUUUUGGCAUCGUUCCCACAGGGCUUGCUGGCAACAGCCGUGUUAUUCAUGCCACGGCGCCUUCCAAUGAUGACAGGACGUGUGCAAGGAGAAGUGAAAUGUUCGUUUUAUUCAGAGAUGAAACAAAAACAGUUUGUCAUUUCUUACCAUAUAGUUCAAGCGUUUUGUGUCUCCUUAUGAUCAUCAUCAAAACCCAGAGGAAUGUGUGUAGGCUACAAACAAAAUGUUAAGUUCGGAAACGUUUAUAGUGAAAUACUGUAUGGUAACUACGUGCAGCGUGCUGAAUAUAUACACCAAUGGUGGCGUCAUCUUGACAUGCAGA